GUUCCUGAAGGAGAAGACAUGAACUUCACCUUCCGCAGCCCCUGGGAAGUUUUCCGAGAAAUGUUUGGGGGCACAGAUUCCUACGCUGUGAAAAAGGAGGAUGACCUCCCAUGGUACUUGCGAGGCCCUUUAUUUUCCAUUUCGAUUUCAGAAGAUUCAGGAGUUUCAGUAACAUUUGGCCCCAAAAGAUCCCUUUGUUUCUUCUCUCUUGAUCCCAAAGUCUUCAAUUUGAAACACAUCAUAACCAGAAAAAGGUCAGCAGAAAAAGACUCUGAGCAAGUAGAAGCUAAAGAUGAUAAAGAGCUGAAAUCUGCUGAUGCUUCUGAUGAGCAUGAAAGCAUCCACGCAGAAAGAGUGGACAGUGAAAUGCUUCCAGAGUAUGAGGCAAUGCCAGAACACAAAGGGCAUGAUGGAUGUGGGAUGAAAGAUGAGUAUGAUUCAGCGGAUGAAGAUUACGAGACUCCUGAGGGAUAUAAGCCUUAUGAUAAGUGGAACAACACAUGUGGAGGAUAUGAUGCAGGGCGGGAUGAGGUGCCUUAUGCCUAUCCUUCUUCUUCUUCAGUAUAUGAACCUCCGUAUGGAUGCUCUUCCUACACUGCUUAUGAGAGGCCUUCUGGAUGCAAAUCUCCCCUGUUUUGUGCAAAGAAAAACUGUGUGUACUGUAAAUAUAUGGCCUCAGCUGCGUAUAAACCACACAUAAUCUAUGAGCCAUAUGAAUCACCAUAUGGCUGUGAAUGUUCUGCUUAUGAGUGCCCGUACGAUUAUGAAUUCUCUCUUCCACCAUCCGAAGCACAAUAUGCAUACGAAACCUCAUUGGAGCCAAAGUCUCAGUAUACGAACGACAACUCUCUGUAUGAGUGGCAAUAUGGAUGCAAGACCUCUCCAUUGUAUGAUGUGCACUAUGCAUGCAAGAACUCCCCUGCAUUUGAGACGCCCUAUGAAUAUAUCUCCUCUACUCUGUAUGAAUGGCCUGCACAGUCAAAAGAGGUCUCAACUCCUGAAUAUGAGUGGCCACCUGGUUGGAACAACCUGCAGAAGGAACGUGGCUCCCCUCCUAGGUGCAAUGAAUUGCAUGACAACACAGAGUCACCUUCUGCAGAUACCAAUAACCCUCAGGACCCAAAGGAGUCCUCUGCUGGGUACAGAACAUUUGUUGGAAACAAAGAAGGUCACAGUAAAGGCGCUCACAUUAAGGCAGUUCCUGGAAGUACAGAAGCAGGUUUGUCUCCUGAUGAGCAAGAUGAUAAUGAACAGGGCCAUCUGCCAAAUGGAAUCAAGAAGCAGGUGCCAGAUGGCUCUGAUGGGCUCCUGGGCAGUGUGAGGAAAUUCCUUGAUGGGACAAAAAGGCUUUUAUGUAGAGGGAACCAACUUUUCAAAGAGCAAAUUUUAGAAGAAGCCAAGUCGACAAAUGGGAUCAGCCAGUUUCCAAAUAUCAGCAGCCUACCUCAAAGCAGGAUGAGUCACCCGCAUGGAAGCCCUGUGUUGAUAGACAACUCCAGCUGGCCCAAAGAUGAAAAGAAUCCAUGCAUGGACCGUGCAAUCCAGCCACUUCAUCCAGCAGGAGCCUACUGGACACGAGGGGAAACAGUGCCUCAUUUUCCAGAUAUUUCUAGCAGGUUCCUGGGCAGGUUAAAUAGGGGUCCUGGGAGGGGAAAUUUCUCACCCUUGCCCUCCCAUUCCAGCUGCUCCUAUACCUCCUAGACUUAGGAGAACCUUAUAAAUCUCGGACAGCUGGAGAGAUGCAUAAUAUAAGGCAGAAGUGAAAUUUUCUCGGUCUCUGUCUCACUCUCUCUUCAUGAAAUGCUAGGAACAUAGACACUGCCUGAAACAAAGCUGGCAAGGUUCUAGAAACUUUGGUUUAAGGACUUUAAGUAGCAAUGAGCUUGGAGAGUAGAGGCUCCAGCUGCAAGCUGCAGAUUUUGCAGUUUGGAAAGAAUUUUCAAAUCAGCACCUCCAAUGUAUCAAAUACUUCAUUUGCAUGGCUUACAGAAAUCAGAGGCUAUUUCUGAUUCAGAACUGGAAGCACUGUGCAGAAAUGAAAACAAAGAAUCCGGUCGUAUAGAAAAGCAAGGAGGGCUGAAGUUGUCAAGUGUAUCUAUAAUAAACUGGGCAUGUUAAGAAAUUACUAGUGGGUUUACUACAGAUAGCAACCACUAGCAUACACACUGGAUGUUCUCCUCACUCCCUUAUUGUUUUCUAACAGUGUGGCAAACAGUGAGAAUUAA